AUGAUGCAAAAUGGAAUGGACAGCGUACCACAACAAAAUGGAGCACUCCAUACCAAUUCUUCGUCGUCGACCAACUCACACAAUUCAUCAUCUCAGACGACGGCUCCAGAGGAGAGUAAAACGAAUCUUAUUGUCAACUAUCUCCCGCAGACGAUGACGCAGGAGGAGAUUCGUUCAUUAUUUUCAUCAAUUGGGGAAGUCGAAAGUUGUAAAUUAAUCAGGGAUAAAGCCGGUCUGACUUUUCUUCUAUUCUUUCGUAUCGAAAUGGGGGGAGGUGGGCGGGAGAGGGGGAGGAUAAAUAGAAUUUUAUUCAGUCUUGGUUACGGGUUUGUUAACUAUCAGAGACCAGAAGAUGCUGAAAAAGCCAUAAACACUCUUAACGGCCUUCGAUUGCAAAAUAAAACGAUCAAAGUGUCGUUCGCCAGACCCAGCAGCGAAUCCAUCAAGGGAGCCAAUUUAUACGUAAGCGGACUUCCGAAAAACAUGACCCAACAAGAUUUGGAAAGUUUGUUCAGCCCGUAUGGAAGAAUAAUAACAUCCCGUAUUCUAUGCGAUAACAUCACAGGUCUUUCCAAAGGUGUAGGAUUCAUCCGGUUCGAUCAAAGAAUGGAAGCUGAGAGAGCCAUAUCCGAGUUGAACGGUUCAAUUCCGAAAAAUUCAACGGAUCCGAUCACGGUCAAAUUCGCAAACAAUCCGAGCAACAACAACAAAGCAAUACCACCACUGGCAGCAUAUUUGGCACCACAGGCAGCGCGACGAUUCGCCGGUCCAAUCCACCAUCCCACCGGCAGAUUCCGGUAUUCUCCGCUUGCGGGUGAUUUACUGGCCAACUCAAUGUUACCGGGUAAUGCAAUGAACGGCUCCGGGUGGUGUAUAUUCGUUUACAAUCUCGCACCGGAAACGGAAGAAAACGUUUUAUGGCAACUAUUCGGACCGUUUGGAGCUGUUCAGAGUGUUAAAGUCAUUCGGGAUCUUCAAACGAAUAAAUGUAAAGGUUUCGGAUUCGUCACGAUGACGAAUUACGACGAAGCCGUGGUUGCAAUACAGUCUCUUAACGGUUACACGUUAGGCAAUCGCGUUCUUCAGGUUUCUUUUAAAACAAACAAAACGAAAACUGCAUAA